AGGCGAAGACGCUGCUGGCCUGGUUGGCGAUCAUCCAGGUGAGUCCAUGGCAGGCAAGCGAAGCCAUGCACACACGUCGCUUGCUCCGCGACCAUGGCGGGCUGUUGCAUACCCUCAUGCCGAGUCUGGUCACGGUGCGACGCGAUGGCAGUGCUGUUCCCUGAGAGUCAAAACUUGCCAUCACUGCGACGCGACCAAGGACGAGUAGACGAUGACGAUGACGAUGACGAUGACGAUGACGAUGACGAUGACGAUGACGAUGACGAUGACGAUGACGAUGACGAUGACGAUGAUAAAGGAGAAUGAGAAUGAGCGGAAGGAGGAGUGGGAGGUUGUAGGUGGGGGAGAAACGGUUUGAAGUUCAAAGGGUUUGAGUGGUCCAAAUGAAGCUACUUAUAGAAAGAGGGACUAGAAUAGAAAUUCAGUUUGUCCGUUCUCCACAAUGACUCAUGCACUUCCGCAGAUUUGUUUGGUGUUGCUCAAUUUCACACUGGCAGCCUUUGUCAUUUACAUAACCCUGCCAUUCGCCUUCCUCGCAUUGGUUUCCGUCUACAUAGCCAUCUACUGCCGAUGGAAGACAGGCAUUUAUAUCUUCAUCUUCGGUUGCACUUGCAUCCUUUUGUACGGGGCGUUCAUGUUGUUUUGGAUCAUAUCACGGGGACAAGCGUCAUCGCAUCCCUUGGACAUCACCUGGUACAGUCUGCAAGUUUUGGCAGAGUUCUUCUGUAUCAUUGUAGCCUUGUGGGUACUGUGGGAGAUCAGCUCAGAAUCGAGCAAGAAGAAAGACAAGGGCGAAUCCCAAAGCUUGCUCGGCAAAUAGACCUCCAUCUCCUUCCUUUAUUCCUAUUAAUGUGACGGCAAAAUCCGUCUAUUUGCUUCAAAUAAUUUUCAGAGCGCAACAACGCGGUACGAGGAUUGGGUCAGCUUAUGCUGGGCAGAAUUUGUAGCUGAAGCGAAUGACUUGAGACUGCUCAUAAACUAAGGGGCAACAUUCAGCUAUCUCCAUCUUAGUUCUGCUACUUGCGAUCCUUUACCCUGACGCAUGAACUAUCCAAAGUAACC